AUGGCCACCGACACCUCCAAGUAUAAGCUUCACCACACCAUGAUUCGGGUCAAGGACCCGAAGAAAUCCCUGGAAUUCUAUCAGUUCCUGGGUCUCAACCAGCUGCAACGGCUCGAUUUCCCGGAGAACAAGUUCUCGCUGUACUUCCUAGGGUACAACGGGCCGCAGUCGCUGCAGGGCGGGGACAGCCACUUCACCGACCGGAACGGGGUGCUGGAGCUGACGCACAACCACGGCACGGAGGAGAACCCCAACUAUAGCGUGGCGAACGGCAACACGGAGCCGCACCGGGGUUUUGGCCAUAUCGCCAUCUCCGUCGACAACAUCGAGCAGGCCUGCCGGCGGCUGGAGGAGGCCGGCUACGAAUUCCAGAAGAAGCUGACCGAGGGCCGCAUGCGCCACAUCGCCUUCGUGAAGGACCCCGAUGGGUACUGGGUCGAGAUCAUCCGCCGCCACGAUGAGGACCGCGGCACCACCACCGACCCAGCCAGCUACCGCUUCAACCACACCAUGCUCCGCGUCAAGGACGCCGAGGCCAGCCUCAAGUGGUACCAGGAGGUCCUGGGUCUGACCCUGCUGCGCACCAGUGAGAACGAGGCCGCCGGCUUCAACCUCUACUUCCUCGGCUACCCCGCCGCCAACCCGGAGCUCAAGAAGGACGCCAAGAACCCCGUUGCCGAGUGGGAGGGCCUCCUCGAGCUCACCUGGAACUACGGCACCGAGAAGCAGGAGGGCCAGGUCUACCACAACGGUAACACCGAGCCUCAGGGUUUCGGUCACAUCUGUGUCUCCGUUGAUGAUUUGAAUGCCGCCUGUGACCGCUUCGAGAAGCUGAAUGUCAACUGGAAGAAGCGUCUUACUGAUGGUCGCAUGCGGAAUGUGGCUUUCGUCCUCGACCCGGAUGGAUACUGGGUUGAGGUGGUCCAGAACGAGGCACUCAAGCCUGCCGAGGUACCACUGGUGUAA